CAUCAUCACGAUCACACCCACGCUUGGCUCUCUCCAACCCUGUGAUACACCCACCGGCGAGGAAGGCACGAAAGUACCAUGGAGCUUCUAAGCACACGGCGGUUCACUGUGUUUGGAUGCGGCCAUCGCAGCGCCGCGGAAGAGGGUAGGUUGGUCGGGGCAAAUGGCGGAGAAAAAACAAAUACCUGCACGCGUGGCGACGAUAGUCCUGCUGUUGCUGGCCCCCUCGCGUUUGAAAAGGACGGGGAGGCAAUUGAAAUCCCGACUAUGCAGCUACGCGAGCUGAAUAACACCAACACCUCGAGGUUCGUCGGCCUCAUGGAGAAACACGGUUUCGUUGUGCUGACGGAGACGGGCGCCAUUCGGGACGCCUACCUGGAGUUCAUGGAACUCCUGAAGGCUUUUUUCGACGGCGGUUCCGGCUGGAAGGAGACCUUCAAAGGGAGGGUGCACUUCAACGAGCGCGGCAUCCCGAUGUGGCACACCGGUUACGAAAAGUGCGGUAACGUCCGCGAGGUGUUUCGGGCGCCGACUUCAGCUUUCCCGCCAUCUUCCCAACGGCAACCGUGGCCCUGCCCACGCCUCCACCGGGCCUGGCUCGCCAUACUGCGCCUCCUCCAGCGAGUGUGCCACCGCGCGCUGACCUUAACGUUGGGCCGCCCUGUGCUGGGAGCGCCGCCGGCGAAGGAAAAAAAGAGCCGCAGCACCAGCCGGCAAGGGGGAGCGAGCCAAAAGGCGGUAGAUGGGCUGUUGUGCGAGCGAUGCCCCGUGUGCGGCAGCAGUCUGCGGGAGGGGAAGGAACCGGAAGAAGGAAAUGCCGCUGCCGCCAUGCGAGGGGAUAAAGGUGGUGAUAGUAGCACCGGCGGCAAGGACGGCGAAGCUUGCCACCGGGGCCGCUUUGUUUGCUCCGAGAUCCAGGAUGAUAUAGGAGGCGGCUGCAACAGAGACAGCUGCGAUCAUGACUCCGACGACGACUUCUCCGUGAGCUAUGCGCUCAGAUACCCAAACGAAUACGCCGACCCAGCCCUGGAGCAAGAAGAUCUGACGGUAGGGGAGCACAUCGACCCGAGCCUGUUUGUGGCGGAGCCUUGCUGCGGGGUGGAAGGAUUGGAGAUUUGCGACCGGGCGUCGGGAAGCUGGCUCCCUGUUGAAGCCGUCUGCGCGGGUCUUGGGAGCGAUGGAUGCCGAAGCCUGGCUGCAGCAGAAGGCAGAGAGCUCAUCCUUUUCAGUGGCAAGGCGCUAGAGCGGGCGACGGAAGGAAGAGUGUUAGGGGCACCGCACCGCGUUCGUAGGGGGAACCUCGGGCGACGGCAUUGCUUCAUCUACGAGCAGAAGUACGCCGAGUUUUUCCCGCCGCCUGCGUUGGACUGAACUACCAAUACAACCGUAGUAGUACUAGCAGUUGCUUGUGAUGCACUCGAGGAGUUGGCUUGCUUGGCAAAAGGCGCCACGUUGUCCGACCUUACCGCGUGGAGACGUCAGUGGUAGAUGCACUCGAGUGUCCUCCGAGCACCCGCGUCAUUCUACAGCAGUCGGUUUUGGGUUGGUCCGGCGUCUUUCGGGUGUCGGGGGAACCUGCGGUGGUCGUUGGUAUGCCGUUGUCGUAAGCCCAACCCCCAACUUUGGGCUACGGUGGCUGGCCGAGCUUGCUACCCUAGCGUAAUUAUUUUGAGGCAAAAGUGAAUGACGUCGUCAACGACAGGACAAGCGUAACAAUACGUAGAAGUAUGCCU